AUGAUUAAUCCAGUAAAGUGCACCUUCGGGGUCACCACAGGGAAAUUUUUGGGAUACAAGAUCACCCCGGCGGGGAUCGAGGUCAACUCGGACAAGGUGAAGGCCAUAAUGGAUAUGACAUCGCCCAGAGGAAUCAAAGAAGUACAAACUCUAAAUGGGAGUAUCACUGCCCUGAGUAGGUUUAUUUCACGAUCGGCAGAGCGAAGCUUGCCAUUUUUUAAGAUUUUAAGGAAGGGGACCAGAUUUGAAUGGGAUGCGGAGUGUCAGUCAGCUUUCGAUGAUCUCAAAGCAUACUUAGCAAAGCUCCCGACUCUGAUCAAACCAAUUCCCGGGGAAGAAUUAUAUUUGUACAUAGCAGUGGGCGAGGAAUCAGUUAGCUCUGUCCUUAUCAGAGAGGAGGGGAGUCAUCAGAGGCCGAUCUACUUUGUCAGCAGGGUGAUUCAGGGGCCCGAAUUAAACUAUUCAGAGAUUGAAAAGGCUGCUCUGGCGAUCAUGGUCACAGCUCGGAAGCUAAGGCCCUACUUCUUAUCAUAUCGUGUGGUGGUUAGAACUGCCUUACCCUUCAAACAAGUACUGGGAAGGCCAGAUCUUUCAGGGCGCAUGGUGAAAUGGGUCGUGGAGUUAGGGGAAUAUGAUGUGGAUUAUGAGCCGAGGAUGGUUAUCAAGGCCCAAGCCCUUGCGGAUUUUAUUCAAGAAACUACUCGUCGCCCAGUGCAAGAGUUUUGGGUGGCUUUCGUGGAUGGAUCGGUUACAAAAGAGGGAUGUGGGAUCAGAGUGUAUAUCAUUUCUCCAGGAUCAGAGGUAUAUCAAUUCGCUAUUAAAUUCACCUGUAAGAUAUCCAACAAUGAAGCCCAGUACGAGGCUGUGGUCAGAGCAGCGCAUAUUCUAUCAGAGCUGCGGGCGGAAUGUGUCAUCAUCAGAACUGACUCACAAUUGGUGGCUCAACAACUCUUGGGAGGAUAUCACAUUAAAGAGGAUCAGAUGCGGGCAUAUCAUAGCAAAAUUGUUGAAUUAAAGAAAAAAUUCAUAGAAUUCAGAAUAGAACAGAUCUUUCGACAGGAGAACAUUCGGGCAAAUUUAUUGGCACGAGUUGCUAGUGUAGUGGAGCAAACAUGGAAUGAUGAGAUCACGCUGCUCUGCGACACCAGAGGAAUGGAAACUUUCCAGGUUUUUGCGGUGAAAAUCCGGGAUGAUUGGCGGGCUCCAAUUAUACUCUUUCUUAGAACAGGGGAACGACUGAACAGAGAGUCCAAUCAGAGGGCUCGAUACGAGAACUAUUGUUUGAUCAAUGAUCAACUCUAUAAGCGCUCUUUCACCCAUCCCUUACUGAAAUGUUUAUCUCCUGAGGAGGCUAACUUUGCUCUGACAGAAAUUCAUGCAGUGGAUUACUUCUCCAAAUGGAUAGAAGCCGAGGCUGUGUCAAAGAUUGACGAGGGAACUGUAGAGCGAUUCGUCAAGCGAAACAUAUGUUGCCGGUAUGGAGUCCUUAGAAUCAUUGUAUCGGACAAUGAAACCCAAUUCACAGGGUAG